GCUUCACGAAUUGGCGCAUCAUGACGUCACUGCUCAAAGGAUGUCUUGACACAGUUGACGGACUUGGAUAAUGGAUUUCAAUGCCUGUUGGAUAAAGUCAAAGAAGAUAUGCAAGCUGCAAAAGAUGCCAUGACGUUCCUGAAAAAGCGAGCCAUUAUUGAAGAGGAGUACGGCAAACAAAUGGUCAAAUUAGCUCAAAGUAUGGCGGAAACUUUUGACAAGUCACAUCCUAGAUCGGGCACUUAUGGUGAUGCGUGGACGUCAAUGUUAAAGGUGCACGAAACAGUGGGGGAACAGCGUAUCAAGUUUUCGGCCGAUAUUUCAGAAGUAGCCGAUGAUUUGCAAUUAUUAUACAAGGAUACCGAAAAGGGAAGAAAGCAGGUGAAGGAUGUUGGUUUGAAACAUGAAAAGAAUUUGAUGGAGGCCGAUGCGUCGCUUGAAAAGUGUAAGCAGAGGUACGAGCUUCAGAGCGAAGAUUGGGAACGAGCCAUUCUGCAGAAAAACAAUGAUCCACUUCACGUUCCCAAAAAGGGACUGUUCAAAAACAACCGCACGCAAGCACAGCUCAAUCGAAUGGAAGAAGAUGCACGGAUCAAAGCAACAAUGGCCGAUCAGAAUUACAGACAACAAUUGCAGACCACUAAUGCGUCGCGGGUUGAAUAUUUUCACGUUCAUUUGCCGAAAAUCUUAAUGGAUUUAAAAGCAGUGGGUGAUGAAUGCAGUGUUGCUCUACGGUAUCAGUUGGCCCGCUAUGCCUACAUCUUUGAACAAGCCCUUACAGCUGAUGGUAUUGCUCUGGAUAACGAUGAUGGUCUUGGUUUACGUUCCUUGACAGAAAAGAUUGACAAGGACGCUGAUCUGAACGAUUACAUCAAAUCUUACAGUAGUCGUUCGACCAAGGUCCAAAAGAGCGAAAUUCCUUACAAAGAAUACAGCAUGUCCACUACAGCCCUCAGCGUAUUAAAUCCUAACCCAGUAUUUGGUAUCGAUCUGGAUGCUUUGAUGGAACGAGACCGAGAAGAAGUCCCGCUUGUCCUAAGAAAAUGUGCAGAAGCGGUCGAAACCUUUGGUUUAAACACCGUCGGCAUUUAUCGUCUUUCCGGCACCAACAGUCAAAUUCAAAAACUGAAAGCGGCCUUUGAUCGCGAUUGUGCUGGUGUUAAUCUUUUGCAAGAGGAAUUUGUUGCGGACAUCAACAACGUAACGAGUGUCCUGAAACUCUGGUUCCGUGAACUGCCUGACCCACUGUUCCCUCGUUCUUCGUAUACACAUUUUCUCAAUGCAGCAAAAAUUGAAGAUGAACGUAUGCGUAUUCUCGGUCUACAUACGGUCAUUAACGAUUUAUCAGACGCUCACUAUGCUACACUGAAAUAUCUGAUGGCUCAUCUUGACAGGGUUCAACAGCAUCAACGUCAUAAUAAGAUGGGAUCCGCCAACUUGGCCACCAUUUUUGGACUGACAUUGAUGGGCAAUGACAGCAGUAACAUGCUUGCUUCUGCGGCUGUGGGAGAAAAUCAAAGAUUGGCUGAAACGCAGUGGCAAGUCAAGGUGGUGCAGACAAUUCUGGACAACUAUGCUCUUAUUUUCGAGACAGACGAUGCGUAGAAUCUCUCUCAUUUUGCACUCACCCACGAUUACCACAAAAGGAAGAACAACGCUAUUUACUUAUUGAUACCCUUAUGAAACCUAUCUAUUAACAGUGUCGUUACUGAAUAAAACCAUAUUGUCCCAAGAUGUGU